GUUGGGUACAUGAAUGCACCGCGGAUGCGUGCCGCUCACUGUGCCGUGAAUACUUGCUAGCUUGCAGAGUCAUUUCAUCGACGUCGGCGGGACAAACAAAGAAUAAAGAUCUUGGAAGAUGACUGAACCUGAUGUUGAUAAUGAACUUCUGGACUAUGAAGAGGAAGAGGAGCCCCAAGGAACAUUGGAGAGUUCGACCCCGGCAAACAAAAAGGCCGUGAAGGGGUCGUACGUAUCCAUCCACAGCUCUGGGUUCCGAGAUUUCCUCCUAAAGCCCGAGCUCCUACGUGCCAUCAUUGACUGUGGUUUUGAGCAUCCAUCCGAAGUCCAGCAUGAGUGUAUCCCUCAGGCCAUCCUGGGCAUGGACAUUCUGUGUCAAGCCAAGUCCGGUAUGGGAAAGACUGCUGUGUUUGUGCUUGCCACCCUGCAGCAGAUUGAACCCGUGGAUGGUCAAGUGUCCGUCCUGGUCAUGUGCCACACUCGAGAGCUGGCCUUCCAGAUCAGCAAAGAGUAUGAGCGCUUCUCCAAGUACAUGUCCAACGUCAAAGUGUCGGUCUUCUUCGGCGGCUUGGCCAUCAAGAAGGACGAGGACGUCCUGCGGCAGAGCUGCCCGCACAUCGUGGUGGGCACGCCCGGUCGCACCCUGGCGCUCAUCCGCAACAAGAGCCUCAGCGUGAAGAACAUCAAGCACUUUGUGCUCGAUGAGUGUGACAAGAUGCUGGAGCAGCUGGACAUGAGACAUGACAUCCAGGAGAUCUUCCGGCUGACUCCCCACGAGAAGCAAGUCAUGAUGUUCAGCGCCACGCUAAGCAAGGAGAUCCGCCCGGUGUGCCGCAAGUUCAUGCAGGAUCCCAUGGAGGUGUUUGUGGACGACGAGACCAAGCUGACCCUUCACGGCCUGCAGCAGUACUACUGCAAGUUGAAAGACAGCGAGAAGAACCGAAAGCUCUUCGACUUGCUCGACGUGCUCGAAUUCAACCAAGUGGUGAUAUUUGUGAAGUCGGUGCAUCGCUGUGUGGCGCUGUCCCAGCUUCUGGUGGAGCAGAACUUCCCGGCCAUUGCCAUCCAUGGCGGCAUGGGCCAGGAGCAGAGGUUGUCCCGGUACCAGCAGUUCAAAGACUUCCAGCGGCGGAUUUUGGUAGCCACCAACCUGUUCGGCCGAGGCAUGGACAUCGAGCGGGUCAACAUUGUCUUCAACUACGACAUGCCCGAGGAUUCCGACUCGUACCUGCACAGAGUGGCUCGCGCUGGCAGGUUUGGCACCAAAGGCCUGGCCAUCAGUUUCGUGUCCGACGAGACUGACGCCAAGACCCUGAACGAGGUCCAAGACCGCUUCGAGGUCAAUGUGGCUGAGUUGCCAGAGGAGAUUGAUAUCUCCACUUACAUUGAACAGUCCAGAUGAAUCUGAAGUUUCCAGUGAUGUGUGACCCUCGUUUUUUUUUUUUUCCUCCUUAAGGAAAACAGGCAAUGUCCCCGUGCCACUACAUGUUGGGAAGUUUAAUAUUUUUUUAUUUUAACAUGUUGCUCGUUUUAGUGUUUUUCUUUUUAAGCACUGUUGCUUGGUUGAGGAAAUAAACAUUUUAUACCUUA